CGCGAUCGUUCCCCUAAUCUAAGUGAAUGCGUCUGAAUGAAUGGGAAUUAGCUGCUUAAAUCCAAAUCGGUGCCCGGAUAGAACACGUGUAAGUAAACUGCCCACACUGGCUGGUGCUAGUUAGGUGUCCGUUCAAGCGACACUCGGGACACCAGCAUUGUAGGUGUGACACCGGAAGUGUACAGGACUCUACACGACUCACGCCCCCGGGCGCUCUGUUUGACAUGACGGGAAGAUGGUAGCCCAUCAGCGCACGGUGCGCCGUGUGUAUGUGCUAGCUACCUGUUUACUACGGGGCUGCCAACCAGGAAACCCUGUACAUCGGGCCUUCAGUGCCUGUGGGUAAGGUGUAUGUGUGUGUGAUUACACGGAAUUAAGUGAACUAGCAGAAGACAGGGAGAUCCUCUGUAGGCGAUUGCUGUCAUGCUCAGACUGAGGACGUGAUGGCGAGCCCGAACGACUUUCUACUGCAAACUGUGACUGGUACAGAAACAUCGGCGGAAACACACACAGUACACGAGGAUUCAAAUGGCGGGAAAAGCUGUCAUUGUCAGGUUCUUCAAAACGCUUAUAUGGAGGAGGAGGAUGCAUACAACUUUAUCUGUCACGUUAACAACUCUUUCAAUAAAUCGGUGGUGGGACUUCUGAUGCUGACACUUGGCCUGGCGAUAUCAGUUCUGUGUUUGACAUUUGGAAUCCUGGAGUUCCACAACUGCCCCUGUGAGCCCCUGCUUCCCCUGUUCCUGACUCUCAAUGGAGCAGCGCUCUUACUUAAAUGUGUUCUCCAGGGUACCCGGAUCAUGUUCAAGAUAGCACCCCCUGACGGCGAGCGACACUGUCUCUACACUGUGACGGACAUGCUGACGUUGUUUCUGUUGUUCUGGGGAUUCACAGGUGCUGUGCUGGUGUAUAAUUUGUUAAAAAUCGCCCAAACGGAGGAUAAGGACGCAAUACAUUACUGCGAUUACCAUCUCCUCAGCCUCGCUAUCGCAGUGGUGACGGUGACGUUCGUGUUGAUAGUAUUCACUCUCUUCUGCUAUGCUGUUCUGUGGUUUAUCCAUGACAAAAUGGAGAACUCUGAAAAAUUCAAAGACUAUGUCAUAGAGUCGGAACUAGACAGGCGGAAAUCACCAGCGGGAAUUAUGGGAAGGUGAUGAAGGGACACCUGCUUCAUGUUACAGUUUACGUGUUGUGGUCUAACUGAGAUCGGUGUUACGUCACGACACCCGCUAAUUUACGGGGAGUUGACUUGCCAUUUUAUAGGAAUAGUUCGUUAUAUAUUUGUUACACAACGUUUUACACAAGUUUCAGUGUCCUUUGUUUGUUGAACAAUUUGCGAGGUGCUACUUUACAGACAAGCGAUCUGAACAUAUUGUGCGCGCAACUUUUUUAUUUAAGGAUGUUUGGGGAGGGGGGGGGGGGGUGGUAUAUGAUUAAAAACAUUGAUCAACGUGUGAAGUAUACUUUUUGGGAGUUGAUUUUAAUCAACUCUCCUAUGCACUUACUCGGGCAAAGCGAAAGUGAAACAGUGUUUGGACCUAAGCACAAAUCAAUUAUACCGCUGACAACACUUAGUUCUUGAAAAUAAUCGAUAAAUUCGAUGUUUUGUAUUCUGAAGCAUUGUUUUUCAAGAAAACUUGUUUAUUAAUACCAUGAAAAUAGUUAGAUUUUAAAUUGUACAAACAGUUUAGAUAUUUUUUAAAGUCGUAUGUAUUCCUACGCUAGAGUUCAAUGUAGUCUCGUUCAACCAGACGCUUGGCUGGCUCCGUUAAUAUCCGACAACACAGAGUCUCUCUUGCUUGUCGGAGAUAAACGGAGACAGCCGAGCGUUUGGUUGAACAAGACAAGAGUUCAAUCUUGCCUGGAUCCAUACAAUUUCUCAGAAAUAUUUCUAUUACUGAUACUACUUGCCAUGCAAAAUCACAUAUCGUUGAUUUUGAAUAAAUGAUAAUUGAUAAAAUCAACUCCCGUCAGUACUUCAGUACUUUGAUGUAUAUAUGCGAUAAAACCUGUAAAAACUUU